AUGCCUGACCACAAAAAGAAAGGCAAGAAGAGCGGCGCCGCCAAAAAUGACUCCGGCUCGGUGAUCACCGAUCCCAGAUUCGCCAACAUCCAAACCGACCCUCGCUACCGUCUUCCCAGCAAACGCCAAACUCAUGUAAAGCUCGACAAGCGAUUCGCGCACAUGCUGCGCGACAAGGAUUUCUCCCGCAAUGCCGCAGUCGAUAGAUACGGCCGGAAGCUCGCCAGCGACGACACUAAGAAACAGCUUGAGCGAUUCUACCAGCUGGAUGAGGAUGCGCAGGAGGGAGAAGAAGAAGAGGAAGAAGGCGAGGGAGAGGAAGAUGAUGGUCUCGAGGACGCUAGCGUUGCAGAUGAUGAGGAGGUGCUUAGAGAGCUGAGGAAGGCGGAGACAUACGAUCCAGCCAGAGAUGGAGGAUUCGAUGAGUCUUCUUCCUCGGAGGAGGAGAGCUCCGACGAGGAAGACGAGGAUGAAGAGGAGUUCGAAGGGUUUGGCGAGGAGCUGGAAUAUCCUGAUAAGCACCGCGCGGAUGUGCCGACUGGUGAUGUUACGGACCGCAUUGCGGUGGUGAAUCUCGAUUGGGAUAAUAUUCGCGCGGAGGACCUGAUGGCUGUCUUUUCCAGCUUUGCGCCGACUGGUGGGAAAGUGCUGAAGGUGGCUGUUUAUCCUAGUGAGUUUGGCAAAGAGAGGAUGGAGAGGGAGGAGACGGAGGGGCCGCCCAGGGAGAUUUUUGCGUCGAAGAAGGGUGGUGACUCCGACGAUGAGGAUGAGAUGGAUUCUGAUGAGGAGGAAGAGAAUAUCAGGAAGUCUAUGCUGAAGGAGGAUAAGGGCGAGGAGUUCAACUCGACACAGCUACGGAAGUAUCAGUUGGAACGGCUACGUUACUUCUACGCUAUCUUGACUUUCUCGUCCAGGGACGUUGCGAAGCACGUUUAUGACCUUGUCGAUGGCGCCGAGUACUUGUCUAGCGCUAACUUCUUCGAUCUUCGCUUUGUGCCUGAGGACACCGAUUUCUCUGAUGAUACGCCCCGCGACGAGUGCGAACGCAUCCCCGAUGGAUACCAGCCGAACGAGUUCGUCACCGAUGCGCUGCAGCACAGCAAGGUCAAGCUGACCUGGGAUAUGGAGGAUAAGUCGCGUAAGGAAGCCCAGGCUCGGGCCUUCCGGGGUAGUCGCAAGGAUAUCGACGAGAACGACUUGAAGGCUUAUCUGGCCAGUGAUAGCUCAGACGAUGAGGAAGAUGAGGGUGGUGUGGAGAUUGUUGAUACUACGCGCGGCGAUGGAGAAACGAAAAAGGUGUCUAAGAAGGAGGAGGAGAAACAACGCCUUCGAGCCCUACUUGGUCUUGGUGCGGAGCCUACGCCUUCGUCCAAGUCCGAUGGCCCCGUUGGCGAGAUGGAGGUUACCUUCACUUCCGGUCUGGCUGGUGGCCCCAAGGGCGACAGCAUCUUCGAGAACGAACCCGAGAAGGAUGAGACUACGAUCGAGAAGUACAUCCGCAAAGAGCGUGAGAGAAAGAAGCGCAGAAAGGAGAAGCUCAAGGCCACCAAGCGUGGUGAGGAUGGCGAGCAGGACGAGGCCGCUGAUGCCUCGGAUGCUAAGGAGCAGCCCCAGCAGGACGACUUGGGCUUUGAUGAUCCCUUCUUCGAUGACCCCACUGGCAAGGCUACUGAGGCUGCUCGUCGUAAGGAAGAGAAGCGCAAGAAGCGGGAGGAGCGUGCAGCGGAGGAAGCCGCGGCCGCAGCCAAGCGGGCGGAGCUGGAGCUGCUCAUGAUGGAGGACAACAACAAGCCGGGCAUCAAGCACUUCGAUAUGAACGAGAUUGAAAAGGCGGAGAAACAAGCUCGCAAGAAGGGCAAGAAGGGCAAGGGUAAGGGCAAGCAAGUCGAAGUUCCCACAGAUGAUUUCGAGAUGGAAGUCACCGAUCCUCGUUUCGCUCGACUCUACGAGAGCCACGAGUUCGCGAUCGAUCCCACCAACCCCCGAUUCAAGGCGACUUCGGGUAUGAAGGCACUGUUGGAGGAGGGUCGCAAGCGACGCAGGGAUCGGGAUGAACAUGCAGACGAGGAGGAUGCUCUUCGUGAACAAAAGAAGAAGCAGAAGAAGAGUGCGUCCAAGGAGGGCGGGUCAGACGAUCUGAAGAAGCUGGUUGAAAAGGUGAAGCAAAAGACCAAACGCAACUGA